AUGACAUCCCCAAAGAAAACCUUCUUCCUCACCCCAACCGGGGACUACCACCCCACCGGAGGUCCAAGGGAACAUCAUCCUCUCACCAGCAACCCAGCCGAAGCCCUAAAUAGCACGAUCUACGAGGCUCCAGCCCCCGAGACCCUCUUCCCGGUUAGUACUAAGAUAGGCGUGACUUGGUCUGAAGAGGUGUGGCACUCGGGGACAUAUGGCUUAUGGGGGGAAUUCUUGUCUUUCUUGAGAUUGGGACUGGGUUUGGGUUUUGUUGCUGGUGGUGGUGGUGUGUCUCAUCGGUCGUCUGUGGAAGAUAUGUAUUCGUUUGAUGUGAUCGAGACUAGGGAGUUUAGUCCCUCUCAGGAGUAUUUGGUUCGCAAUAUGACGGCUCCUGCUGUGGUGCGUGGGGCGAAGGUUAAGUCUGUUGGGAGUCGAGGUUUGGGGAUGGACUUUAGGGUUGGGGUGGACGGAUCAGGGACUAGUGUGCCAGUGAAGAUCGGGCUAGGGAUGACGGGUGAACGGAAGGAUGGGAUUUGUCGUUCGUUUGAGGGCUCUUCUGACUUCAUCUUUGCUUUUAGGCUGAGGAGGAUUGUGGUCCAUCGUUCUGGGCAGAUUACCCAUGUUGAGUAUACGAAGCGAGCGAUGUAUGAUGCCGAUGGAGCGGGGAAUGCGAAUUCGCCUCUGCCGUUUGAGGUGAGUGGUUUAGCAAGCGAGGAUGCAUUUGCGGAGGAUUAA